CCGAGGACCGACCGGAGCAGCAGCAGCGGCAGCGGCAGCAGGAAUCUGCUAGAGACCUUCUCUGAUGGAUGAUCUUGGGGAAGCAAAUGGCACCUUUGCCAUCACCUUAUUAAAAAUGUUGGGUGAAGAGGACAACGCGCAGAAUGUGUUCUUCUCUCCCCUGAGCAUCUCCUCUGCCCUGGCCAUGCUCUUCAUGGGAGCCAAAGGAGACACUGCCACCCAGAUGUCCCAGGUGCUUUGUCUGAACGACGUGGGAGAUGUCCACCAAGGUUUCCACUCACUGCUCGCAGAAGUUAACAGAUCUGACACUCAGUACUUGCUCAGAACUGCCAACAGACUCUUCGGAGAAAAGACAUGUGAUUUCCUUCCGGCCUUCAAGGAAUCCUGCCAGAAGUUCUACCAGGCAGAGCUGGAGGAGCUGUCCUUUGCUGAAGACACCGAGGGGUGCAGGAAAUCCAUCAACGACUGGGUGACACAAAAGACUGAAGGUAAGAUUUCAGAGAUUCUGGGUAUUGGCGCAGUCAGUCCACUGACCAAGCUGGUUCUUGUGAACGCGAUCUAUUUCAAAGGCAAGUGGAAGAAGCAGUUUGACCGAAGGUACACCAGGGGCAUGCCCUUCAAAGUCAACCAGGAAAAGAAGACAGUGCAGAUGAUGUUUAAGAAAGCUGAAUUUAAAAUGGGCCAUGUGGAUGAGGUGCGCAGCCAGGUCCUGGAGCUGCCCUAUGCUGGGGAGGAGCUGAGCAUGGUCAUUCUGCUGCCUGAUGAAGACGCUGAUCUCGCCUUGGUGGAAAAAGCACUUACACCUGAGAAGAUCACAGCCUGGACAGAUCCAGAAAAGAUGACUGUGGAAAAAAUUCAAGUCUUCCUUCCCCGAUUUAAGCUGGAGGAGAGCUAUGACUUGGAGUCUGUUCUUCAAAGUUUAGGAAUGACUGAUGCUUUUGAGGAAGCCAAGGCGGACUUUUCUGGAAUGUCAACUAAGAAGAAUGUGCCCGUGUCCAAGGUCGCACACAAGUGCUUUGUAGAGGUCAAUGAGGAAGGGACGGAGGCGGCUGCAGCCACUGCCGUGGUCAGGAACACCCGGUGUGCCAGGAAGGAGCCAACAUUUUGUGCAGACCACCCGUUCCUUUUCUUCAUCAGGCACCACAAGACUAACAGCAUCUUGUUCUGCGGCAGGUUCUCCUCCCCAUAAAGAGGGGCCAUUGCUUACAGGAAUUCCUUUCCUUCAGCCCACCUCACCUUAAUUCAGAUUUUACGGGACCAGACGGGUCCGGUGGCUUGAGGGCCAAAAUAAAGUGUGUACACCUUGGACGUCUGUGAAUGUCUUGACUGAACAUUCCACAGCCACUUAGAAUAACCGAGGCUUCAGAUGUGUGGAGUUUGGGGAGGAGAAGGCUAUGCUUGUUCUGGAAUGUUGGAGAGCUCCUCUCCCUCGCAGGCUUUGCCCUCACCUACCUGUCAUAGGAUGGCCAGCUCUCCUCAAAGUCUGUGCCCAUUGUUUGUGGGCGUCUUCAGAAACAUGUCAAGGAUUCAUGUUCCUUGAAUCAACCCUCUCUGAGCCCUUCCACCCUGCAGUGACCUCAAAGGUCAUUGAGGUGCUUGCUACCCCUGCCAGGCUCUCCUGGAGAUGCCAGUGUCCAGGCACCGUGCACGCAAAGCCAGGGGUGGAUGCUCCAGAGUGAACAGUGCAGCCAGCAGUGUCUCACUGACAGCUGAGACGUCUAGUGUCUCUCCGGUGAGCAUCACACAGGCAGCCCUGCAUGUCCCCUGUCUCACACAGUCCCUUGUGAGUUCAGAGGCUCAGCAGUGAGCUUCUGCACUGAGCUUGGACCCAAAUCUUGGAAACAUGUCCAGGCCUCUCCAUUCCCUUUGCUUCCGAAACGCACAAUCGGGAAGGAACCGCCACCAAACACUUCCAGGAAGUCACGGCCCUCUAGUUAAUCAUGUGUGAUCAGACGUGGCUCCAGCACCCCCUUGAUUAAAAUCAGACCUCCCUAUCAUUUUUUCUGAUAAAGAGAAUUUGUGUUGUGGAAGCAAUUUGGAAACUAUAAAAAGUAUAGAAAGAAAAUUUGUCACCCACAGUCCCACUACCCAGCAAUCAUUACCAUUAACAAUGAUCUAUAUCCUUCCCUGUUCUAUGUGUGCAAAUAGAGAUUUAUAAACAA